AACAAAGGCGCCCACGACGUAUAGCACUGCAUAAAGGGCGUUUCACCUGUAAGAGUAAACAGCUUCCCCGCGCUUCCAUGAGCUCCGUCCCCUAUCUGAGUACCUGCAUCGCCACUUACCUGCCUAAAACUGAGUCACUCUCAACAAGACAGUCAUACCCGAGACCCAAGACAGCUGCUUCCAGUCACCAGUCACGCCUUCACCCAUUAUCGAGCUUAUUACUGCCUGCCGUAGCUGCCGUUUGUCGACCUCGUCAUUCACCCAUUCCUCCACCACCAAGCUCCCUAUCUAGCUCCCUACCAUACUCCAACGCACCCUCAGCCUACUCUUCCACCAACACACACCUCUUAUCAGCUAGGCCAGCCUACUAGAUAAUCGCCAUGGCUUCUGAACAGACCUACACCUGUGAUCUCCGCAGCGAUGCCAAGGAGUUCCGCCGUGACAAGGACAGCAGGGUGAAGUGGUCGAACGGACCUUCUUACGGCCCUGGGCGACGCGUCGAGGACGGUAAGCCUCGCCCUGCUCGCGUCUACCCGCACGUCAAGGCGUCCUACCCUGGCCCAAUGAAGGCUAGGACUGCUCUCAACAAGGACAUGAGCGUCGCUAGUGACGACUCGUCAGCAGACGAGGAAGUCGAGCAUCCAUCGACCGCCCCUGCGCCAGACGCCGAGGUCGCCUACUCGUACGAUGCCGAGCGAGGACCAACACAUGGCAGCCAGAUCCUCAACGUUGCCCUCGAGAAGGCCAUCGAGCGAUACGAGAUCCGUGAGACAGACAGGCUGAUCAAGAACGAGUACGAGGUGCUGGAUGCGGAUGGCGAGCUCCUAUCGCCAGCUCCAAAGAAGAGGCAUGUUGCGCCUGAGGAUGCCGAUUACGAGUUCGUCGACGCGUAACGCCUUCGAUCUCGCGGCGCCCAGUGUCUCUUCCAUCUUUGUUUCCUUCAGCGUUGAAUUUGCAUACACUUGACCGGCGUUUCUCCUUACAUUUCACUGGCUCAUCGCCAUCUCUAUAUCAACCACUGGUUUGACGUGUUUCAUCUGCAUUGUACGGUCUAUGGCAUCAAUAGGUGAGCGUACGGCGCUUUCUUAGGACUUGAGCAGCCCUAUACCACGCUGGCUUGCUUCGAGAUGGUUACUUCAUUAUUCGGUUAUGGCAGGUUGGUUGUCGGAACAUCCUUGUCAAUCUGUCAGUGGACUUGGUCCGCGCAUUCAGUACCAUGGUACAUCCUACUAGUCAGGGCUAAUGCGAAUACCGAGUUGCAUGAAUUCAUGCUUCUCAAAUCUGGA